AUGAAUAUCGUUCAAUAUAUCAUGGUGAUGAUAUUAUGCCACCUUGCGUGCACCAUUAGUCUCACACUAGCAUUAUAUGAAUCUGAGAAGCUUCACAAUGACCGAGCCAAUGCUGAUCCUUUUCUUAUCGCAGUCUAUUGGACUACCCAUGACUAUGAUCUUCAUACUGUUGCUAGUUUACAAGUUGUCACCAAUCCCUUUGCAACUAGAGAAUUUUCACCUGUUCAUCAACAAGUUUUCGCAAAUUUGAAACAACUCAAUGCUGAAUAUACUCGAUAUGCUGUUUGGUUUCCUUAUCCUAAAUUAGCGGUUGCUGAACUCGAUCCUCCAUCAGGUAUAUUUCAAUGUGGUAAUGUUGGUGAGAACUUUUCAAUUAAUUUAUCUUGUGAACAAAACGGUGGCGUAAUAAGUCAAGUUGAUUUUGCAUCGUACGGAACAUCAACAGGUACAUGUGGUCAACUGCAGCAAGGAACGUGUCAUGCUGCAAAUAGUUCAGAUAUUGUUAAAAA